UCAGUCGGUACUUAGCACCAUUCAGCACGAAGAUCGCAGCCCGCAUUGAGGGUCAGACCAGCCCGCCUUUUGGACCCGCAAAAGAACGCAUCAAAAAUAAAUAUUUUCGAAAAUGCAGAGAUUCGUGGCGCUCGCUCUAGUCGUCGCAGUGGCCUUGGCAGCCGACGAAAAAGUCGAUGAGGUUGUGGUCAAGACGUACAAGAGGCUGAUACCCGCCGAUGUGCUCAGAGACUUCCCCGGAAUGUGCUUCGCCUCCACCAGGUGCGCCACAGUAGAGCCAGGCAAGAGCUGGGACCUCUCCCCCUUCUGCGGUCGCUCUACCUGCGUCCUCUCUGAGGACAAGCCCCCGCGCCUCCUGGAACUGGUCGAGGACUGUGGGCCCCUGCCUCUGGCCAACCCCAAGUGCAAGCUGGACGAAGAGAAAACCAACAAAACCGCUGCUUUCCCAGGCUGCUGCCCCAGCUUCACUUGUGAAGAAGGUGCCACUCUGGAAUAUCCAGAAAUCCCAACUGUAGCUCCGGUGCCUGAAGAAAUUGCCACCUCCACUACUCCAGCUGCUGAGAAAAAGGCAUAAGAAAAUCUGAAGCCUGCUGUCCCCUCAUUCUAUCCACAUGUUUUUCUUCUGCCUACCUGAAAACUCACAAAACUUUUCAUUUUUCUAGACGAAUACAUUCUCUCUCCCCUUUUUUUUUUUCAAUGUACUCAAGCAAGAUCUAAUACCUUUAUAUUUUUGCUAUUUCUCUGUCCCUAUAUACUUUCAUAUUUAUCUAUACUUUUUCACUUUCUUUUCAACUGACUAUUGAACUCUACUUCCUCAUUCGAAUAGGUAUAGGUAUAUUAUUUGUUAAUGAAUGCCUAAAAAUUUCAGAAAUUUUUCGGUAUGUGUAGGUUCAAGUAUUGUGAUAACAUCAAAGUGUCUUUUUUGCCUAUAGCAUAUUUGGUCAGCCCAUCUUGCUGAUUUUUUUAUCACUUUGAUAUACGAUGUUUUGUAAUCAAUUUUUCGACAUAAUAAAUAAUUUAUU